GUGAGGGCCACCUGGCGAAAACAGCCCACCAAAUUCCAGCAGCCACCUUGAAAGCCACCACAGGCGGCUCCGGCUCAUCUGAGGAAAAACUGACGUGCCUCUUGCCUGAAACGCAUCCCCAAGCCAUGAGCUCCGAGCAAUUGGUGUACGACGUGGAGAAAGGCAGCAAUGUGAUCGUGGUGCGUGACCCACCACGAAAAGAUAGCCACUGGAAGUGCCUGAGCAUCUGCUCUUUCCUGCUCCUCAUUGGGGCUGUCACGGUUUUCACUCUGCUGCAGUUUGGAGCAUUUGGGUCCUUGACAAACCAGGACUCUAAGGGAAAUGGAAUCCCCUUUUCUGAAGGAAUGCCCCAGACAUUGAGAGUGCGAGCUGCUGCAUCUGGGAAGCCUGCUAUCCACGCCAUUGCAUCCAGAACUGAGCAUAACCACAACAAGAAGUUGGUCUGGACUACCAGUUUGAUCCCUGCCAUGACAAGGAAUGGCAUGGAACUCGAUAAGAAGGAAAAUGCUCUCGUGGUGCCUUCCACUGGACUCUAUUUUGUCUACUCUCAGCUUCUGUUCCAUGGAGGAAGCUGCCAAGAACACACUGAAGAAUCUUUGUUGCUCACUCACACCAUUUCUAGUAUGUCCAGAGAGUUCAAUGGAGGCAAGGUGGAAUUGAUGAAGUCCAUCAAAUCUGUCUGUGAGAGUAACAAUGUCAGCCAAGGACAAAACAAGCUCUGGUUUGAAUCCAUCUACCAAGGGGGUGUUUUCCUGCUACAAGAAGGGGACAAGCUGUUGUCAGACACGGAAUCAGCCAAAUACCUGAACUGGGAUCAAGAAGGACAGGUCUAUUUUGGGGCCAUAGCACUGGAUUAAAAAGCCACCUUGAUUCAUACUUAAUCCAACCCAUAUUCCUCUGACUCUGGUCCCACCAUUCAAAAUGCAAGCCAUCUCUGUGUGCACUCCCCCAUUUCCUCAGCAUGCAACAGUUCCCUGAGGCUAUGGAGAAAUGUCUCAGCACUCCUUGUUGACAAAAUAACCAACAAAA